AUGGAAAAAGUCCCAGAGCACCGAAAAAAUGCAUUCAAGUCAAAAAAUCUCUUAAAGCCUGAAGAGUUAAGACGACGUCGCGAAGAGCAGCAAAUUGAAAUUAGGCGUAAAAAUCGCGAAGAAUCUUUAGCGAAACGACGUAACUUAAAUGUUCCUGCUUCACCAGAUUCCGAUGAUGAAUCUGCAAUGGCAUUGUUUAAAGCUCAGCUUCAAGAUCAACUUCCAGGAAUGAUACAAGGUGUUUUUUCCGAUAAUGUCGAAGAACAGCUUCAGGCGACAACAAAAUUCCGUAAGUUGCUUUCGAGAGAAAGGCACCCGCCAAUUGAGCAAGUGAUUGAAUGCGGUGUUGUAGCUCGAUUUGUCGAAUUCUUGAGAUCACCUCAUACUCUUGUGCAGUUUGAAGCUGCUUGGGCUCUAACCAAUAUUGCAUCGGGAUCCUCUCAGCAAACACAAGUUGUAAUUGACCAUGGUGCUGUACCCAUAUUUGUGGAAUUAUUAGAUAGUACGUUCGCUGAUGUUAGAGAGCAGGCUGUAUGGGCUCUAGGAAAUAUUGCUGGUGAUAGCCCUUAUUGUCGUGAUUACGUUUUACGUGAGGGAGCUCUUCGCCCUCUAUUGGGCAUUUUGAAUGAGCCGCAUAAACUUUCGAUGUUGCGGAAUGCAACAUGGACUUUAUCAAAUUUAUGUCGAGGCAAAACUCUGCAACCGGAAUGGAAUCUGAUUUCUCCAGCCCUUCCCGUUCUUGCUAAACUCAUCCACUCAAUUGAUGAUGAAGUUCUCAUAGAUGCUUGUUGGGCCAUUUCUUAUCUUUCCGAAGGAAUCAAUGAGAAAAUACAGUCAGUGAUCGAAGCUGGCGUAUGCAGACGUUUGGUAGAACUUUUAAUGCAUCAGUCAACAUCCGUACAAACACCUGCUUUACGUUCCAUUGGGAAUAUUGUCACCGGAGAUGAUGUCCAAACUCAAGUAGUUAUCAAUUGUGGCGCACUUACUGCCCUCUUAAAUCUAUUAUCGAGUACAAAGGAAGGAAUUCGCAAAGAAGCAUGCUGGACAAUUUCGAAUAUUACUGCUGGCAACUGUGCUCAAAUACAAGCAGUAAUAGACGCGAAUAUCAUUCCUAUACUUAUUAACAUCUUACAAAACGCGGAUUUUAAGACGCGCAAGGAAGCGUGUUGGGCAAUUUCUAAUGCGACCUCGGGUGGAUUGAACAAACCUGAACAGAUAAGAUAUUUGGUUAGUCAAGGAUGUAUCAAACCAUUAUGUGAUCUGUUAACUUCCUUAGAUAACAAAAUUAUUCAAGUUGCUCUUGAUGGCAUUGAAAAUAUACUUAAAGUCGGAGAUUUGGAAAAAGUAGAUGGUGUCAAUCAGUUCGCAUUGUAUGUUGAAGAGGCUGGUGGCAUGGAGAAAAUUCAUAACCUUCAAGUUCAUGAAAACGUGGAAAUCUAUAAGAAAGCCUACCAUAUUAUUGAUAAAUAUUUUGGGGAGGACGAAGAAGACGCAACUUUGGCACCAGAAAUGGAUGUGUCCACAGGUCAUUUUGCUUUCCAAACAGAUUUAAAUAUGCCACAAGGAGGUUUUAAUUUCGAAGGACAAUCGAUGUAA